UAGCUAUAUAUAAUGGAAAACUGUUCUACAUCAAGUUACAAUUCAUUUCUGAACGCCAUAAGACGUUUUUCGCUUUUGAGUACAAUACACUAACACAUCAAAAUGAACAAACUCCUUCUAGCAGUUGCUUUUUUCAUCGCUACCACGAUGACUAUGGUCCAGGCAGCACCGGCUAAAUAUACUACUAAAUACGACAACGUAAAUAUCGAUGACAUUCUGCACAACGACCGCUUGGUCGCCAGCUACUUCAAGUGUCUGAUGGAAACAGGAAAAUGUACGCCAGAAGGCGAAGAAAUCAAACGCUGGUUACCAGAAGCAAUAGAAAAUAAAUGCGAAGACUGUUCGGAAAAACAAAAAAUAGGUUCCGAAAAAAUCAUUAAGUUUCUGUUUGAAAAGAAAAAUGAUAUGUGGAAACAACUUGAAGCAAAAUAUGACCCUAAAGGACUAUACAGACAACGUUAUUCGGAAGAUGCAAAGAAAUUGAACAUUGACAUUAUGUUCAAGCUGGUCUUCGUUGCGAUUGUUUCGGGUUUCGUUUCAAUGGUGCAGUGUGGUCCAAUGCCGGAACAACGAAUAGACGGCGGGCAAAAUCGUAGGCAAGAACAACAAAAAUAUGCAGUUGACCACUUUACGACUGGACUGGUGGGGAAUCCUAAAAUUCGUGAAAAUUACCUCAAUUGCUUUUUAGAUAAUGGGCCGUGCAGUCCGGAAGCUAAGAAUAUUAAACCAGGAAUGGUUCCCGAAGCUAUUCAAAACGAAUGCGAACAUUGCACUGAAUUACAAAGAAAAGUGAUUGAAAAAAUGAUGUGCUACCUAAAUAAUCACCAACCGGAUAUAUUAAAAGAAGUAGCAGCCAAAUUUGACCCAAAUGGAGAAUAUAUGAAGCAAUAUAUUAAUACCAUAGAGCGGAAUGGAAAUGAACAGUUUUUGAAUACAAAUCUACUCCAAUACCAACCACAGCAAAAUUCAAAUCAACCACAACAUAAUCCAAACCAACCACAACAGAACCCAAACCAACCACAACAGAACCCAAACCAACCACAGCAGAAUCCAAACCAACCGCAGCAACAUCAACAUCAAAACCAAUACCAUCCACAACAAAAUCUACACCAGCCACAACAAAAUCAACACCAACCACAGCCCAAUCCAAACCAACCACAGCAACAUCCAAACCAACCACAGCAACAUCCAAACCAAUCACAGCAACAUCCAAACCCACCACAGCAAUACCAACCACAACAAAAUCCAAGCCAACCACAGCAACAUCAACAACAACAUCAACAUCAACAUCAACACCAACACCAACCACAACAAUAUCAAAACCAACCACAACAACAUCAACAUGAACAACAAUUAAAAGGAACGGUAAUAACAACGGCACCUAUAUCUACGGUAAACAGGAAACCUUGACUCUAACUGUUCAAACUAUGAUUGUGUAUUUGGGUACGAAUUAGAGUUAAAAUUACUGUUAUUUAUCCCACAAGGCAAUUACAAACUGAAUGAGUAAACAAAUAUAUGUAAUAAAUAAAUAACGGUUAUUUUUUUCCGUCAUAUUAUUAUUUACAAGUCAAACUCUAUGAUUAUAUUUUUAAAAAAUGAAUUCAUAUUUAUGUUAAUAAACAUAUACUUGCGUAAAUAUUGAAGAUGGAAAUACAUAUUUUAUAAUUAAUUAAUUAUUGUUACAAUAUUACUUAUAUGAUGCAAUAAAUUGUUGUACG